AUGUUAAACUCACAAAUUAUCUUAUGUUUAUUUGUGACACUUUUAGUUUUCAUUUCGACAGUGGAUUCGUUGUGUGACAUAGCAAUACAAAAUCUGGCCAAAGCUAAAGGCAACCAUUCGUACUGUGUUUACCAUAGCAUUGAAGAAGUACUCAACAUUUUAGUUCCAGCUUUGAAACAACAACCUCCUCUACCAGAGGUGAUGCAGGUUUACCACAAAGAUCCGAUGGUGAUGAAAGCAGUGUUGCCAUUACACAACCGAAAACCAUUCAUAGUCUUGGAAGGAGUGCAAGGCUCUAGGAAGAACCUGCUGGCCAAGCGGCUUGCAGAGGCCAUCAACGGUACUUACCUGAAGAACCCGCCUAGGGUGAUGGAGAGGCUGUAUGCCUACCUGGACGAUCACUGCCCCCAGGUCAGCAGUGCCUUCAUGGCCAUAGGCAACUACAUUGUGGCGGAACAGGCGAAGAAACUGCUGCCUUACAUGCCUGUCGUGCUGGACAAGUACUGGCACGGAGUGACCGCCUUCAACCUGGCCAAGGCAGCUCAAGACAAGGGGUUGGAUCUUCCCCCAGCUUCCUCCCUGGUUUACUAUUGGCCCGAGGACCUGCUUAUGCCUGACAUGGCCUUCUACAUCAUAGUCAGUGAGGAUAUCUUGAGAUUCAGAUUCCACCAGGCCCCCAAGAGAGUGUACCCGAAAGACUUUAGAGACAGCAUCCACAAGGCGCUGAUGAGAAUGAGGUACCCAAAGCUGUGGCGAGUCAACGGCAAUGUGAACGUUAUGAACGUUGAGAACCAGAUAGCUUUGAGAGUUUACAAGGAGUUCGCUUCACCUAUCUACGGGGAUGAGAAACUGGCACUGACUGCUUGA